UGACUUUUUUCGUCAUCGUCGCGCAACGCAAGAGCCAUGAUCUCCUUGGAAAGUAGUAGACGUCGACUGUACGAAAAUACGGAAGUGUAGAGAGGUUGUAGCCAGCCAAAAGUUCGAGAAAAAAAGCGUCGUGUGUCAUGCACAUUAGGGAAAACUAAUGAUCGUUUGAUAAAGUGUAUCAAAAGUCUUUCACAGACAGACUACUUGGGUACAGAGAUUACCAUAUAAUUGUGAGUGCAGUGUUGAGCUAAGCUAGUUUAAAGUGGAAGACUUAGUGUUGAGGAGUCAACAUGACGGAGGACAUGUUAAGCGCUGACAUAUGCAGAGUGUGCCGGUCAGAAGGUGUAGCUGAACGGCCACUCUUCCAUCCAUGCAUCUGCACUGGCAGCAUCAAGUGGAUACACCAGGAAUGCCUCGUACAAUGGAUGAGGUACUCCAGAAAGGAGUACUGUGAGCUCUGUGGCUAUCGCUUCUCCUUCACACCGAUCUACAGUCCUGAUAUGCCAAGAAGAUUGCCUCUCAGAGAUGUUAUUGGUGGACUUUGCUCCAGUGUUAUUACAGCUGUCAAAUAUUGGCUGCACUAUACUCUUGUGGCUAUAGCUUGGCUAGGAGUUGUACCUCUUACAGCAUGCAGAACCUACAGAGCUGUAUUCAGUGGAUCUUUAGACCUUGUACGGGUGAUGUCUCUGCCCAUGGAUAUGAUUUCCCCAGAGAAUAUAUCUUCAGAUGUAUUUCAUGGAUGCUUUGUGAUAGCUUGUACGUUGGUUACUUUUCUUGGACUUGUUUGGCUGAGAGAGCAGAUUUUACAUGCUGGUGGCCCAGAUUGGCUUGAAAGAGAUAACAUUCAAUUACCACCAAUUGACAACCCUGUGCCAGAUGAUCAGGGACAAAACCAACAAAGAGCAAUUCAGCCAGAAGCUCAAAACAAUAACAAUAUACCACCUUUCGUUGAGGAGCCAAGGGCUGAAGAUCCUAACUUUAAUGCUGGCAACCCAUUAGGAAUAUUAUAUGGGAUAGGAGAUGAGCGUCCAGCACCCGGUAUCGUAGUUCCACAAGCAGCUCAACGAAUACCAGCUGAAAACGAAGGCGUAGCAGCAGCUGCUGAAGGUGACGGAAGGCCCGAAGUCGAAGCUGCACAACAACAACAAGCGAAUGAUGGAGCUGAGUGGCGUGAGCAAGGUCAAGGUGAAGCUGAGGAAGCCAACUGGAAUCCUAUGGAUUGGGAUCGACCUGCUGAAGAACUGACUUGGGAAAGAUUACUUGGAUUGGACGGCUCACUUUUGUUUUUAGAGCAUGUGUUUUGGGUCAUGUCGCUCAACACUCUGUUUAUUUUAGUAUUCGCUUUCCUGCCCUACCAAAUUGGCAGCUACGCGAUUCUCUUCAUCGGCGCCCAAGAAAUGGUUGCCGCGUCCCAUUUCGAGGGAUUGCUGACUACCCUUUGUGGAUAUUGUGUUCUGGGUGUUAUGCUUGUCGUGCUCCAUGCACUUGCCGCUCUUCUUGGAUUUCAAAGAUCUCAGCGUAUUCUUGGCCUCGGUUAUGUCAUCGUCAAGGUGUCCCUACUAAGUGUUGUCGAAAUCGGUGUACUGCCGUUAGUAUGCGGUUGGUGGCUGGACAUCUGUUCGUUGGCAAUGUUUGAUGCAACUCUAAGAGAUCGCGAGUCAUCGUUCCGUUUAGCACCUGGAACGUCAAUGUUUAUACACUGGCUUGUUGGCAUGAUUUACGUUUACUACUUCGCCUCAUUCAUUUUAUUACUUCGCGAAGUACUUCGUCCAGGAGUAUUAUGGUUCCUUAGGAAUCUGAACGACCCAGACUUUUCACCACUGCAGGAGAUGAUUCACUUACCGAUUUUGAGACACGCCAGGCGUUUGGUCGUUUCGGCUGUGAUUUUCGGCACUGUUAUAUUACUUAUGUUGUGGCUGCCAAUUAAGAUUCUUAGAUGGAUCUGGAUUGGAUUCUUGCCCUACACCGUAACUGUUCAGACUGAAACACAAAUCAGCGAACUCUCUCUCGAGUUACUGCUACUCCAAGUAAUCCUUCCAGCUCUACUCGAGCAGUCUCACACGCGUACAUGGUUGAAAGCCCUAGUACGCGGUUGGUGUCGUAUUGUCGCUUGGCUACUCGACUUGCAGUCUUACCUUCUACGCGAGCCAACGGAUGAACCUGGACCAGCUGUAGUCGAAGAGCCGCAGCAUCCAGAUCUUGGUGCCGUUCAUCAAGCUUUACUACAACGAGAAGGUCCAAGUGGAUUCCAACCGUAUGUUCGACCAAAGUGGUUUGGUGCGCGUCUUGUUGGCCUGAUGCUGUGCGUUUGCAUUUCCUUCGUGUUGGCUAGUUUAGUGGCUAUGACUCUACCUGUUUGGAUAGGCAGAAGAGUCAUGGCAUUGUGGAUGGUUGGCGCACCAGCACCUUCGCCACCAGUUAUGCCACCGCCUAUGCCUGUCACAAACGAAGGAGGUGAAGCUCCAGCACUAUCAGGCCGCGUACAUGAAGUUUAUACGAUCGCCUGUGGUACUUACGUCUGUUGGGCAGCAGCUCGAGGCUUGGCUCUGGCGUUCUCGUGGUUACCUCGUGGCCGACGUGCCAUUCUCGAACGAGUCAAGCACUGGGCGAUUAUCGGCGUUAAAGCUUUUGUCUUCUGUGUUUUACUUGUUGGCGUAAUUCCGCUCCUUUUUGGACUUUUAUUGGAACUGGUGGUUGUUGUUCCACUUAGGAUACCUCUCGAGCAGAAUCCUAUCUUAUUUAUAUGGCAAGAUUGGGCUCUAGGUGUUCUUUAUACAAAAAUCGCCACGGCAGUGACAAUGAUGGGUCCCGAGUGGCGUUUGAAAUUGGCAAUCGAGCGCGCCUACAACGAGGGUAUUCGUGAAAUGGACUUACGUUUCAUUAUUAUGGAGCUUGCAGCCCCAGUAAUCUGCUGCUUUGGUUUGGCAUUGGCGAUUCCUUAUGCCGUUGCGUAUAGCAUCGUUCCCUUAUUUGUGACAAAUAUCCAGACGCAGAUCUUAAUCGCACGUAGACUCUAUCCUUUCCUACUGCUUUUACACGUGGUUUGUAUAGUGAUUAGUAUCCAAAUCAAGCAGUUUAAGAAGCUAUACGAGCAUAUCAAAAACGACAAGUACCUGGUUGGUCAGCGACUCGUCAAUUACGAGCAUCGAAAUAAACAAGCCACCGCCGCAACAACAGCAGCUUGCAGCUAAUCGUAGGCACUCUAAGAGAGUAAUAAAGCAAAAUUUUGUUGAGGAACGGAUUCUGGUGUAUGUUUUUCGAUCUCGCGAGAGCAUAUUCGUUAUGUUUGUUAAAGGUUUUGGGGUCGCAAUUAGACGUUUAAGUAUAAUGCAUAGUGCUUUCAACCGGAACCAGUUGGAAUUGUACUGUAGCUUUGAGGAAUCAGCUAGAUAGGAUAAAAACAUGUUUUUUUUUUUUCUUUUGUUGACGAGACAGAUUCCGACGAAUUGUGGACGACUAUGUAAUAGGUCGGCUUUUUUCAUGCCGAGAAUUUUUUUUCCUUCGUUAUUCCUUGAACAACCGUACUUUUUUCUUCUCUUCCUUUCACGUGAGAAUUUUUGAUAGUAAAAAGUUGAUAUCACUAAGCAUGUUACUGUGUUAGUUGAGACGGCGGUUUUUAAAAAUUCUGUUUACUAUAUAUUGCCGGAUGAGCUGCUGAAACUAGAAUGCUUGUGACAAAUUUUGGCAAUUGGGUGAAACUGUCGUAUAAUUGAAUUACAACGUUGAAUGAUAACGCCGUUGAGAAAAUAAAAAUAAUUUAUAGCAUUAUAACUAUAAUCUAUGUUAGAAAACAAUCCUAUUACUCUAAACACAUUGAAAACAGCAAAGCCUAUAACUGACAAGUUUUGAAAAUGCGCUAUAUGAAUAAGCUUUUUUGUGAUUAAAUUUGGAUUUGGCAUCGUGUUUAUUUUUAAAGAGUGCGAAUUAUAUCAAAAAUACAUUAAAAAAACGAAUACUGUCACUAUUUUACAAUUUGAGUAUAAUGUUCGAAUAUCUAGCAUCAGACAUUUAGCAAUGUGGAAAACUUACAUUUUAACAUAUCCAUUCACGAAUAUUUGUAAAACUGAUUUAAAAGCGAAAAAAAUCGCGUUUCAUUACUUUAGUUCAUAACCUUCAUAAAUCAAAUAAAGAAAUAAAAAUUAAAAUAAUAGAAAAUGAAAACUAAUGGUUUUACCAAUGCGAACUACGCAGUUUCGCCAUUGGAAGACAAAUAUCUUAAAAAGCUUUAUCAAAAACUACAUUUGUUGAGUCAAUGUUCGUUAUUCUUAAUUUGUAUAAGUAUGUACUUGUUAUUUUUCUCUUAUUUUUAUUUAUAAGAACGAAACAAAUUGCAUUCAAUUUUGUACACUUUCGAGUCACUAGCCAUUAAGUUGAAUAUUAUUAUCAUCAAAAUGAAAUUACGUAUUGGAUUAUCUCAGGCUCAUAAUUUGGGAUGUAUUGUAAUUGUCCCAAGCACAUUACAUUAUUCACUAACAUCUGACGAUCUUCUACAAAGAGUUGUAUGUGCAACAUUGAACGACUUUUUAUGCGAAGGGCAAGAAUAUUCACUAUAGCAUAAUCCUAUAGAAUGUAGACCAAUAGUAGGUCUUAGAGAAUAACAUUAGUCGUUAAAACUAAAAUUCAUACGUAAUUGCUUGGAACGUCAAUUAAUCUUGCAUUGAUUUAUCUUAUUCUUGAUAUUCAUAAUUUCCAUUUACUCAUAAAUAAAAAAAAUUAUACACUAGAAAAAUUUCAAAGUCUCAGUAAAUAGCUAAAAUGAAGGUUUGUAUAUUGUAAAAAAGAAGUUGGAUACGAAUAUGUAUGGUAUUUUUAUAUAAUGAUGAUGUGAGCGAUUCAUUAAUGAUUAAGUAUGUAAAUGCAAUGUGUAACUAUAUUGUGAUUAUUCAUUUUCAGGGUUGAAGAUGAAAAUAGUCCAUAAUGGUUUAUUUUUUUCUUCUUUUAUUGUAACGAAUGUGCGUGUACAAGAAUGCGAUCUAUGUAAAAUAAAAAAGAAAUAAUAUAAAUACAUAUUUAUCAUAAUCAUUAUUAUAGGGUAAAUGAAUAGAGAAAUUUUUCUGAGAGAAAGUUUAUUUAGAAAAGAUGUUAUUUAUUCAUAUAUUAGUUGAACUUUACUGAGUACAUACUAGUAGUAAACAGCGUAUACUUUCUGUGUAUCUUUGAAUUUCACUGGUAUAUACAAAUUUCUCAAUAAACACAUUUUCAUGCA